AUGUCCUUGUGUCACACGGCCUCUCGCUGGCGCAGCGUGCAGUGCACGGGAGAUAUCCCACCGGGAAGAAUAGGACACACCUUAUGCGCCAACGGCACGGAGACCAAAAUUUUCCUCUACGGUGGUGUCAAUGACAGGAAUGAGAGUAUUUCUAACUACUUGGAUGAUCUUUACGUGUUUGAUGUGAAUAAAAAGCAUUGGUCAAAGAUUGAGAUGACAGGACAGGUGCAGUGCUCCAGGGCGUUUCACUCCGCUGUGUAUUAUGAGGGGAAAAUAUAUAUAUUUGGUGGAUGCAAUGGACGUGGGAGGUUCAAUAAGUUGUUUUCCACUAGUGAGGAGGGUCUGUGUGCACAGAUUGAGGCUAGCGGUCAGCCACCAUCAACUCGGUAUUGCCAUAGCGCUGUGUUGUUUGAGAGGUGCAUGUAUAUAUUUGCUGGUAAAUGCGGCGGCCGGAACAGCAACAGACGCCUUUCGGACCUUUACCUUUUUGAUUUCCAGACAAACACAUGGAUGGAGUGCCCGCAACAUGGGGAUCCACCGACCCCACGCUCAGCCCACGCCGCUUUCACAUGUGGACGCAAUAUGAUCAUGUUUGGUGGGCGCAGCGCCCAAGGAGAGUGCUGUGAAGAUAUGUACAUGUACAAUUACGACACUUGCAUGUGGCGGCCGAUUGAGUCCCCUAACAGCGGCCCUCUCUUUGGCAGAGCGCGGAACAGCGUCGUAGUGCAUCAUGGCAGGGUUGUCGUCUUUGGCGGGUGGAAUGGAAAAAAGAAACUGAACGACCUCUUCACUUAUCAUGUGGAUUCGAACACAUUUGAGGUUAUGCACGAGCCGGAUGAAAACUGCCCGUCUAGGAGGGAAUGUCACGUCGCUGUUGUCUGCAAGAACACGAUGGUGGUGUUCGGAGGUCGGUUUCGGGGGGAGUUUAUGAGCGACACGGCGGAGCUUGACCUUGGGCCCAAGACACUGAAGCAGAACUGUCGCGACUGGAUCCUGCGGAGUAGUUUCAAGGAGUUGCACUCGAACCGUGGAGAACGGCUUCCACUGCGGCUGCAGCAAUUUAUUGAGAGCUGGAGGCAGCUGAUAUGCAGGGUGGAGAAGAUUGAACCGCGAACACCGUUGCAAGAUAGUGCUCCCAAUGAGGCUCUUUCUUCUGAUAGCAACUCCCAGCAUGGUUGA